AUGAUAAACCAUAACCAGGAUGAAAGCUCUAUCGGACAUCGGACUCGUUCAAAAGUCCAAAUUAACGAAGGCAUGGACGAAAUUCUCGAUUUACUGAACUAUCCGCAAGAACAAGUUUCCAAGUCAAGAACAUGGCGCGAUCUAUUGAUUACUGUCAAAACCACAAAUAGUUUUUUCUUAAGUAAAAGUUGUUUAGAUUUAUCCCUCGAAAGCGAAAUUGAUCCCUGUUCGGUGGAAGAAGUGAAUCAAGAAGACUACAACAUCGGACCUUUUUCCAAAAAAGAACUUCUCAAAAUAAACGAGCACCGAAAUUCACGUGUUGAAAGAAAAGAUCAAAUUCAACACUCAGAGCAAAGCCAAAUUUUUGAAAAUGAGCAAUCGUAUCUUCUUAAGGUGCAAAUGACUAUGUUUGUUCAAUUAGUAGUCCAAUUAUUCAUGGUUAGCACAAACACUCCCGAUUGCGACACAGACAUAAUGGCUUCUGAAUGUCGUCAUAUUCUGGUUUCCUAAACCUUGACAUGCCAGGACACUCUCUCAAAACAUUAUCCUGUCAAUUGUCCCCAAAGACCACCAAAUCUUGAUGAAGCCAUUAAAAUGUUGGAUGAAAAGAACAUUAUCAAACUAUUUCCUUCAAAAUAUGAUGAACUAUUGUCUGAGGAGGUAUUUGGGAGUCUAAAAUG